UUUAUUUUCACCCCAAAGAGAUAAUGCCCCAAAGGUUUAACCAAUGAAAACAAUUCUUAUUCUUGUUUGUUGCGCGGUGACAACAUGUAAAAUGGCAUCUGGAAGUCGAGUGACUUCGGUUAAUUUUGAAAUUUUCGGAAAGGUUCAAGGAGUAUUCUUCAGAAAACACACUGAGAAGACUGCUAAGGGGUUAGGCCUGGUUGGCUGGGUGAUGAACACACCACAGAAGACAGUGCAGGGUCAAGUGCAAGGUCGUGAGGAGAAAGUGGCUGAAAUGAAAAAGUGGCUGCAGACAAAGGGAAGUCCAAAAUCAAAGAUUGAAAAAGCUGUGUUCACUGAGGAACGUGCUAUACCAGCCUUAACUUACAAAUCAUUCUCUAUCAAGGAAUAGCAUUAACAAUAAUCCACCAUUUGCAUUCCAUCUAGACACUAUAGAACAAGUGUUUUGUUUGCCUGUUGUAAUCUAUUACAUAGUAGUUUUUGUAGUGAGUAUUGUUUGCACGGAACAUUUUUAUCAUAAAAAUGCUAGCAUUCCU